AUGGUCCAUACACGGGAGGACCUGGAUCAGCUGACUGCUGGCUACAUUUCUGACACCAUGAGCAGUACUCACACGGUGCAGGAGUUCUGCGACAGACACUCAAUAUGGCACCUACAGAGAGAGACAGAGCUGGAGAUGAUACGAGACAUCAGGGACAGAGCGGAGAAGAUCAACCUCACAACUGACCACUACAAAAAAUCCAAAACCAAGAUGAAGGCCUUCUGGGAGUAUAUGUGGAGCAAGGUGACCCAGGUAACCGCGGGAAAAAGGGCCCAGAAGCUGGAGAAGGAGCUGGGAUGCCUGCUCCAAGACACCUUGAAGGGGCUUGAGAAGCUGACCCUGUUCCUGGAGGCUGUGGAGAAGCUGGCGGUCACGUCGCUCUCCGUCUUCGAGGAGGAGAAUCCGGUGUGCCAGCUCCCAGAGGGGGUGAGCGCUGAUGCUGUUUGUUCAGUCAUCACCGCCGCCAGGCGAGCCUGUCCGCUCUUGAUCCAUUUCAAGAGAGACGACGGCAAAUUCUUUAUGCCCAGCCUGGUGAACGUGGACCUGCUGACUUUCCAGCUGGACAAAUACUUGAGGGUUUCCCAGGAGUUGUGUGAGAAGCUCCAGAAAAGAUUAGACCGGAACUUCAGGAUGACCUACCUGUUCAGGGGAUCAGCCCAGUUCAUCGGACUGUUCAGCCUGCGCUGCUCCAGGAUGCAGCAGUACCUGGUGGCUCUGGAGGAAGAAGCUGUGAAGCUGGACAGGAUGAAGAUGGGGGCCAGCAUCUCCAGUGUGGUGGGCAGCAGUGUGAGCCUCGUGGGAGGCAUUGUGUCCAUCGUGGGCCUGGCUCUGGUCCCUGUCACAGCGGGGGCAUCGCUGGCCCUCACGAUGGUCGGCGCUGGGCUGGGGGUCACUAGUGGUGUGAACAGCAUGAUUACAGGUAUCACCGAAUUCUCGAUCAACACUUACCAGGGGAAAAAGGUCAAAGGAAUCUUCCUGAGCUACUUUGAAGACAUGGAGACUAUGCUGGAGUGUCUGGAGAAAGUGGCCAGGUGCAUUAUACCCAACACGGUGCCAGGUAGGCUGGAUGUUUUGAUAGUUGUUGGGAAGUUCACCAAGAGCACAGGUGGCGUGGCUUUUGCGAUAGAAUCCAUUGCAGAUUGUGCUUCCGCCAAAAAGAAGUUGGCCUCAACGUCAAGUACUACCCACAACAUUCCCAACAAGGUGGAUGAUCUCACCAAUCUCGGGCAGUUGGCUAAGGGCACUCCCCUCGCCCUAAGCAAAUCUGCCAGGGCGGGGUUCAUCGCCCUCAACUCCAUCUUCAUGGGCGUGGACCUCUUCUUCAUCUGCAAAGGCAGCAUCAGCCUGGCCAAUGGGGGCAAGAGCGAAGUGUCAAAGAUCAUCCGCGGGAGGGCCAGUCUGUGGAAGACCGAGCUGGAUGCGUGGGAGAAGAUCCAUGGCUCUCUGUGCAUUGGGAGAUUGAGCUUUGAAAGGAGUGAGGAGGUCCUACAGAGGUCAUUUUACACCUAG